UCCAGUCCUUAACGCAGUUAGAAUGCGCGGCUCGAACCUUAUUGGAGCGUGAGCUUGCCUUAUGGCUCCAGGGCGCGUUUUACGGCAUUUUACGGCUUUCCAUUCACUUCGCUGUGAAGAUGGCGUCGGGCAGCGGGACAAAAAACUUGGACUUUCGCCGAAAGUGGGACAAAGAUGAAUAUGAGAAGCUCGCAGAGAAGAGACUCACAGAAGAGAGAGAAAAGAAGGAUGGAAAACCAGUGCAGCCAGUCAAGCGGGAGCUUCUACGGCACAGGGAUUACAAGGUGGACUUGGAAUCCAAACUUGGGAAGACAAUUGUCAUUACUAAGACGACCCCCCAGUCUGAGAUGGGAGGCUACUACUGCAAUGUCUGUGACUGUGUGGUGAAGGACUCCAUCAACUUCCUGGAUCACAUUAAUGGAAAGAAACAUCAGCGAAACCUGGGCAUGUCUAUGCGUGUGGAGCGGUCCACUCUGGAUCAGGUAAAGAAACGUUUUGAGGUUAACAAGAAGAAGAUGGAAGAGAAGCAGAAAGAUUAUGAUUUUGAGGAAAGGAUGAAGGAGCUCAGAGAAGAGGAGGAGAAGGCUAAAGCAUACAAGAAGGAGAAACAGAAGGAGAAGAAAAGGAGGGCGGAGGAGGACUUGACAUUUGAGGAAGAUGAUGAGAUGGCAGCUGUGAUGGGUUUCUCUGGCUUUGGUUCCACCAAGAAGAGUUACUGAAGCGCUCUUUUUGGCCUAUCUUUGGCCUAUACUGGACCUAACUUUGAGUGUGUGUUGAGGUGGGGUGGGGGUGUCACUUCUUUUUUGGGUACUGGAGAAAGUCCUUAAGAGUGUUAAUGGGCAGGGCUAGAGGGUGGGUGUUUGUGGUUCUCUCUACGUUGGGAGAGGGCACAGGACGUAGAGGUGAUGCUGUGGCAUAUUCUGUCAGCCUCAGUAUUUCUGGAGUCACAGAACCUCUGCCCAUCUGUGUUCCCAAUAAAGAAAGACCUCCCUCUUUGAGGCUGCUUUCCCCAAAUUCUCCUGCAUCUUUCCCUCUUCAUCUUCCCACCCUCUUGUUUGAGCAUCCUCCUCCUCCCCUGUGUUCUGCUGUUUUAAUCUUUACUCUUGUUCAGCUUGCAGCAGAAGGGUUAUCUGGGGCUCCAGUAUGCAGGUGCUGGCAUAUUCUUAGCCAGCUGUUCCUCCCAUCCCACCUAGCGGUUCUCUACCCACUUGGGCAUGCAUGUGAUUUCUGCCUGGGUCAAUGUGUGUGUGGGUAUGUGUGCAUGAUACGUCACAAAGAGGGGACCUGACCUAGAACCUCAGAGCAUUGCUGCCCUGAGGCCUAUUGUUCUUGGUUUCCUCGGUGCAUGUAACAGGAAAUUAAAUGGGAUGAGUGUUUGGUGUGGUUUGUGUCUGGUGAGUUUUUAACUUCUGUUUCACUUCACUGAGGAUUUCUGUUUUUGUCUUCCUUGGGAACAGGUUCUUGGAAGAACCUGUUCGAUGCAAAAAAGAAAGCAGCAACCCUAAAACCAAACAGACUCACUCUGGGAGAUCCCAGUUCUCAGACGCUAUUCCACACGUACAGUCAGUCACAGUGACUCAGCCUGUUUCACAUUUGUUGGGAACAUUUCCAUAUCACCUUCUGUCCCACAGUUCCUACACCAAGAAUUUCCACAUAGAGCCUUUCUCUUUGAUUUGCCCCCACACCCCCUUCAAAUACAGGUUUCCUUAGAGUGAGUUUUCCCCUCUGCUAGGAUCUGUGCCCUUGGGAGUCUCAACAGAACAUUUUAACCUCCUGUACCUUUAGCACGUCUGAUCUUAACCAUAAGAGCUGUGUUAAAUGUCACUGUCUGCAGUUGGACAGGCCCUGGGCUACUCACCUUGGCACUGUUGAUGAUGACCUAGGCAAGUUUUGGAUUGGGGUUUUUGUUUUAUAUUUUUGAAAUGUUCUCACGUGCCUGGCCUUGUACUCAGAAAUCUGCCUGCCUGAGCCUCUCCAGUGCUGGGAUUAAAGGUGUGUACCUCCAUGCCUGGCCAGGUCUGUUUUAAAGGGUUCUAUGCACUGUAGGAUGUUGAACAGCCUCCCUGGCCUCUACCCAGUAGAUGUCAGUAGCACUCCCAUCUAAUUUGUGACAAUUGUCCAUGGGAGUGGGUAAAAGGCUCUCCCAUUGAAAAUGAUUUAAGAAACUCUUCCCCAUUGUAGUGUAAUGUGAACCACAUGACUUAGACUAGUUAAAAAUCCCUCCCAAACACUGAGAACUGGAUCACAUACUGUGCCUUGUCUAAGGAAUUUAAGGGCGAGAUGGGCAGAGGGGACAGUCAUACAAGUCAUGUAAACAGGUGAAACUCCCUUUACUGGCUCUAUACUUUCAAUAAAGGGGUCCAUUUGACAAGA